GGGGAGAAUGUGCUGCAACCUAAUACAGGAAUUCGCUGCGUGUUUACAUUAUUACAGCUACCGACUUGACGAAAGCAGCACGGUGUCCUGUGUCUUUUCUUAAAACACUACUUUUCUCCACUCCUCAGGUGGGUGUCAGUAAGCUGACUGCACCAGCACCAGCACCAUCAGGGACUUCAACAUGAAGACAGCCAUCCUUCUCGUCGCCUUGACCGUGCUGAGUGCUGAUCAUGUCUGUGGACAACCGAAAUCAUCUAAAAAAGAAGUGAAGUUUGGUGCCCUGUGUAGUGGAAACCCCAGCAACAGGAAGCGAGAGUGUGAUGGCGCAAGAUAUGGCUGUGGACACUUUGGAGCCAGCCGAGGUGGAGGUAAAAGCAAGCACAAAGGUCUGGACAUCGUCUGCGCGGAUGGGGAUACAGUGAACGCCCCGUUCGACGUGAAAAUCACCAGAAGGGCUAUUCCCUACGGCAACGGGAAUGCCAUUGACAAUGGGGUCAAGCUUGAAGGAGAAGGCUUGUGUUUUAAGCUGUUUUACCUGAAGCCGGACAAGAGCAGCGGGGAAGUGAAGAAGGGCCAGCCAAUCGGGAAGCUGCUGCCCAUGCAGUCUGUGUACCCCGGGAUCACCUCCCAUGUCCACGUGCAGAUGUGUGACGAGUCUGACCCCACCCAGCACUUCUGAGUCUGUCAGCGACUUCAGAGAAUGCAGCUUUAUUCCUGAAUUCUGAAAUCACAACAUCAUCAUCAGAGAUAAUCAUGUAUAGUGGAUGCAUAACACAAAUGAACAGCAAACACAUGAAAUCAUUACAUUAUUGGCAUUUGGCAGACUUAUCCUGUAUAAAUAAUGGUUAAUAAUAAUACUAAUAACUUGUCAUACAUUAGCACCAGCAGGUGUGAUUAUCUGCAAUAUGAUAAAUGAACACUCGGUUGGCUGUUUUGUUUUAAUCCCUUUUCACUGAGAUCAUACUGUGAACUUCCUUGGUGAGGAUGUUAUUUUGCAUGCUUUUCUUGGAACUGGAGUGCACUCUUAUUCACAGACUGUUUAAGGAGCUUUCAAAUACAGUCUAAACAAAUUACAUUUAAAAAUUGUAAGAUACCAAAGAACUCGUAAUUAUUACUGUGAUAGAAUGAACAAUUUCAUCCAAACUGUCAAUAAAGAGAUUUUGAUAGUGCGUUUAAAAAAUUGUCUAGUCUUCAAAUGAAAUAAUAAGUACAAAAGGAAGAAAGGAAGACUUAGAUUUGUUAGUAUAUCAAAUAAAUUACAUGUCACGUUU